AUGAAAGUGUCCCAAGUGCGCCGCAGUCAACCAUGUAUAAUUAUUCAACUGAAUGGCUAUCAAGUUGAACGUUCAUUGGACAGCGAUGAAGAUACGCUCUAUGAAAUAGUCAGGAAAGGACACGGAGGUCGGGGUGGCGGACACGGGGGAGGUCAUGGGGGCGGUCACGGCAGCGGACAUGGGAGCGGUCAUGGCGGCGGACGUAGAAGAUGUAGUCGACCUCAAGUCCUCUUCGCACAAUGGUUAAAUCAACCUCAGUUAGCAAGUGCUUUUCAAGCUGUUUGCUCACAAAAUGGUUUGGCUGCAGCUUGGAGUGCAUUACAAACCUUAUUAGGUGUUACUGUUACAGGUUCACUGAAUCAACAAACGUACGAGGCGAUAACAAAUAAUCCUGAUUUAAACAGCGUAGCUGCGCAAUUAUUAGCCGCUGUUACAACAACGACUGUUGUUGGAUAA